UUACUAUACCAGUAAUGCACGAGAACGUCGGUUAUAUAUAUGUAACAUUAAAUCCUCAAUCAAACGGUUUAUUUUUUGAACGAAUUAAAAAAAACUUUCACUUAUACGUUAGUGUAUUGCACAUAGUUACAUUUUUCAAUAUUCGUGAAAAUUUCAAAAAUAUCCUAUUUCAUUCCGGGGGUCAAUGAAAAUGAGCCCAUUUGUUCUGAGAUAAAACGUAACAUUUUAGUCGCUCACAGUCCGUACCGAAAUAUUGUCAUCGGGACUGCAAUAGGAUAUAUUAUUAAUACAGUGACACAAUGUGGUCGAAAACCAUCACUUUUACUGCAUAUCUAUGGCUGCUGGCCGUCGCAAAUCUUCAAUUAACAUUCGCCGCUCAAGAUGCCACGCACGAAGACAUAAGAACUGCAAUAUAUUCAUUCGCGCACUCGUUGCGUGACAAUGUGGACAAAUUGGAGCGACACGAACGGCGCGAGAAACAAUCGGGUGAUCAAAUGCAAAAUAUGCUGUUGACAAUCGUGAAUAAGCAGAGAGAGCAAAAUGUAGAAAACAAGGAAAUCGAGAUGGCUAUCAAAGGAUUGGAAGAAAGUUUGAGCGCAUUAACAAGAGCAGAAACAGAAGAGACCGCCGAUAGAAAAAGCACAAAACUCAUGUUAGAGAACUUGGACAAGCGUAUCGUUUCCACUGAGGCUGAGGUUAAGUCUUUGUUAAGAGCAGAACAAAAGUCUUCGAGCCAGCUAUACCAGUCGUUCGACGAAAAGCUGAUCGCCAUGUCGGAACAAAUCAAUGCGUUACAGUCCCGAUUUGAUUCUCUGGAACGAACUCCUAAGUCCAACGUGACGAACGAUGUCAUCUUUGAACUGCUAAACAAAAUGAUGAUCGACCAGAGCUCACAGAACCACAAUACGGUAUCGGAGCCCGCAAACGCCACGUCUCAGCUGGUGCAGGAGACCAGGCAUGUGGUUUUGGAGGCGAUCAAGGCGCUGUCAGACCGGAUGGACGAUAGCGACCGGAAGCGCACGGCAUCGGAUGCAAAACUGGCGGAAGUAGCCAAAUCAGCUGCCGCGUUCCAGGACGACGUGCAGAACAGCUUCCGACUGAUGUCAAACGAAGUGAAGACGCUGUCAGACGUAGAGAAAGUACUCGUGCAAACAGCUGACAAUGUACUGGACACUAAGCGUAGGAUCGAGUACGGCACACACCAGAUCCUGAUGGAAGUGACGGCGGUGAUCAACGACCGGUCGAAGGAGCUGAACGACUCGGUAAAUGCUGGCCUGGAAUUGGCGGUAAAGACCGUGCUAGACGCGCAGUCCGUGGGUAUGGCCAACCUGAGCGUGAAAAUCGAAACGGAGAUCAGUCAGGUGUGGAGGCAGAUCGGUAUCAUGUACCAGACGCUCACGGACUCGGCAUCCACAUUGGCCACGCUCCAGCAGCAGACGGACAUGUUCGUCAACAGUACGGCCACUUCGGUGGACGGCAUGAACGGCAAAGUGUCGGCGAUCGCCGGCCGCAUGACGGAGGUGGAUGAGAAUCUCAACUACUUGCUCGGACGACUGUCACUGGUCACGCAGGAGUUCAAGGAGAUCAAAGUUGGGCUGGGCGAGGCGCUGGAGAGCAUCAGGGUCGGGCUGCAGGCGGUGCAAGGCAAUAAGGCAGCAGUGGACCUGGGACCUGGUCCGAACCCCAUCGACGAAGAACUCGUGUCGGAAAACCUCAAUCAGAACAUACUUUCGAAAACCGUUUACACGGUCACAUAGACCUAAAAUAAUAUUAUUAAUAUUAUAACAUUACAAUUAUUACAUUUUUUUUUUUUUGUACUUUUGCUUUAAGUCCAGCGAAAAUUAUUACUAGUCUUUAUUGAUCCCAACAAUUAAAAAACCCUUUAAAAUGUUAUAACAUUUAUUUAAAAAGAUAUACAUAUAUUAUAUUCAAUUAAUUUGCUUUAGUGGUUUGAACUGUGUGGAGUUGACGAAUAAAAAUUAUUAGUCAUUUUUUA